GUGUGGAAUUGGUUAUACAUUUUGAAUUUGCAAAAUGUACAAUAUGUUAUUGUUUGUAUUUUUGGCGACGGCAGUGGCAGCGAGACGGUCGCCCGGUGCUGAUUACGUCGAGAACUGGUUGAAGGAGGAUGGCAACAAUAGAUAUUCGUCGAAUAUAAUCGAAGAUGCACUUCUUGAUGCUCCUAGUUUGAUCGAGAAAUAUGGCUAUCCGGUUGAGAUUCACAAAUUGAUUACACCCGAUUAUUACAUUUUGGAAAUUCACAGAAUCCCUCAUGGCAGAGAUCAGAAUAAUGAAUCGGACCCUACCAGGCCUGUUGUGUUAGCCAUGCACGGCCUUAUAUCUUCAUCUGCUGAUUUUAUCACACAAGGACCAAACGUAAGUUUAGGUUAUAUACUCGCAGAGUCCGGAUAUGACGUAUGGUUGGCCAAUGCCCGUGGAAACUACUAUUCCAGAGCAAAUUUGUAUUUAGACCCAGAUGACCGGCGUAAUCAAGAUUUUUGGAGGUUCAGCUGGGAUGAAAUCGGAAAUAUUGAUAUACCUACCAUUGUCGACUAUAUCUUAGAACUGACUGGCCAUUCGAAGUUACAUUACAUCGGCCACUCGCAGGGUUGUACAUCGUUUUUCGUUCUCAACUCUUUAAGGCCUGAGUACAAUGAGAAGUUCAUUUCAUUUCAAGGGCUGGCACCUGCCGCAUUUUUCGUUUAUAACGAAGUGCCGUUUAAUAAAGUUAUAUCACCGUAUGAAGCGGUUACGCAGCUUGCUAGUGAGAAAUUGGGAUUUAGUGAAAUAUUGGGAAAUAGGGCUGCAUUUACUUGGUUUGCUACAAGAUAUUGUAAGGAGGGCGACAUAUUCCACGAUCUCUGUGUCUACCUAUUGAUGGACGGUGACAUUGACUAUUUUAAUACGACACUAUCGCCAGUGUUUCUCGGUCACAUGCCAGCGGGAUCGUCUAUACGACAAGUGAAUCAUUACGCUCAAUGCGUAAACAUAAAAGAAUUCAGAAGAUAUGAUCAUCACCGGCCCAUCCUCAACAUUGAAACAUACGAUCGCCCUGUGGCACCGUUAUACAAUCUCUCACAAGUUACAGCCCCAGUCUACCUGCAUUAUUCUUUUGGUGAUGUAACUACUGACUACAGAGAUGUAUUGCAUUUAGCUGAAAGGCUGCCCAAUGUAGCCGGUAUGCACUUAAUACAGAGAUCGACUUUUUCACAUCGAGACUACCUUUGGGCAACUGAUGCAAAGGUGCAAGUUUAUAAUAAGCUAAUCCAACUUAUGAGAGAAGCUGAAGCGAAUGCUAAGUAAAAAUGGUCACUAAGACUAAGCAUGUAAACUGUACUCGAUCAACCAAUUAUAGCCUAUUGUGUCUUACUGCUGGACAAGGAUCUUCUUCAACUGCUUCUAUCUCACGCAAUCGCUGACAAACUAAGUUUAUACUUUUCGUCACAAUCUACAAUUACUAACUUUUUUUUUUAUACAACUUAGAAUGGCAAACAAGCUGACGGCCUACCUGAUGGAAAGUGGUAACCGUCGCCUAUAGACAUUAGCAGUACCAUGGACAUAACAGAGUAUACUGUUUCGCCCAUGUUACUCCGCAUGCGUUGCCAUUCCUGAGGACUCAGCUGUUAUUCCUGUGUACCCAGUAAAUUCACGUCAUAUCCCACCCUUCAAACCGAAACACAGCCAUGCAAACACAACUGCUUCACGGUUGAAACAGGAAUGGGACAGAGAUACCCAAGCAAUCGACUUUUGUACAAAAUAUUUUAGUUUUAUUUAGGCUUACGUAAGUAUUUCUUAUUAGUUAGCUAGAUAUAAAUCUCUAAACUUAUUUGUCUGCCGUUUUAUCUUAUCUCCUCCGUGAAUCCAUCUAAAUAAUACAGACAUGUUUUUUUAUAGUAAUUUGUGUGAUAUCUAUUUUUACAUCAAUAAUCACGGAAUCAGAACCGUAAUCUACGAAUUUCAUAUUUGACAGAUUAAAAAAGAAACAUGAAGAUUAAAAAAGGAUUAUCUUAAAGAUUUCGGUAAUUAUCUCUGUAGUUUUGUACUAUGUCUGUGAUUGUAUCUGAGGGCUUAUAUGUAAUGUUUUUCAAAAUUACGAGACCGAAUGAAACACGCCAUUUCAUGUUAAAAUUACAUAAUACAUACCGUUUAUAAAUGCUAAAAUAUCGUUCCUUUGGUCUUUUAUGGUAGGAUAUAAAUGUUAAACUUCAUUUACUGAAUCGAUUUUGGUAUGAACAAAAACACAAAAUUAAGACCGAAAAUUUGGAAUUUCAUUUCUUGAUUGACGCCAAAUGCGUAGAUAGAGAAUGUCAAAGGUAUCUUUGUGCAAUGGUUUGGGAUGACACCACUCAAUCUGAAGUGAAUUACUAUAAAUAGUGUAAAUACGAUCCGAAGAGAAGAGAAUGUGAUAAGAAAGAGGGACCACCAGAGGAAGACUGUACAAAAGUCGAUUGCUUGUGUAUCUCUGUCCCAUUUGUGUUUCAACCGUGAAGCAGUUGUUUGCAUGGCUGUGUUUCGGUUUGAAGGGUGGGAUAUGACGUGAAUUUACAGGGUACAGAGGAAUAACACCUGAGUCCUCAGGAAUGGCAACGUAUGGGGGGUAUUAUGGGCGAAAUAGUAUACUCUGUUAUGUCAGUGGUACUGCUCAUGUCUAUAGGCGACAGUUACCACUUUCCAUCAGGUGGGCCGUCAGCUUGUUUGCCAUUCUAAGUCGUAUAAAAAAGGUAUUACGUAUGAAUGUGAAAUUACGUAUCUUAAAAUACCUAUCUAGUAGUAAACUACUACUAUUAGAUACUAUUAAAAAAUUAAAAAAAAAUUAAAAAUUUAAUUUAAAGUAUUAAAUUUUCAAAUUUGGUUGCACAGAUUCAUGGAACACUUGUUUUCUUCUAAAUAUAUUUUUGUAUUUUGUAUUACUGUGGCGCACGCAUGAAGAAAAAAAAAAUUUUUACAAAUUUUAUGCAGAAUGAUUUUGUUUUUUAUUUUUAUUUUUUGUACAUGUAUCUUUUUUAAAUCUUUUUUUACUUUGCAUUUGUCUCUGUUGCUGUUUGUGUGCUGUAAGUAAUGCAAAUAAAUUAUUUAUCUAUCUACCUAUAUUCAUAAUAUAAUCGCGAACUUGCGUUCGUAAUUCUUUUUCAAAUGAAUUACUAUCCUCCAAUAUUUUUAUUUCAUUAGUCA